AAAAUUACCCUAUUGGAAAGAAAAGCUCAAGACAUUGCCGCGGAAUUCUUGUUCAUCUUUGACAAUCAUCUAUAUCAGUAAAUACGUUCUUCUUGAUAAUUCUAGCAAAGAUUUUUUGCACCUUCUCAAUUCCUGUCAGCUGAGUGAAGAUCGCUUUAUUAAAAUUUGUUGGACCAUAGCAUCUCCCAGUAAAAGGACCGAAAUGUUCUUUCCAGUACCUUUUACAGACACCGGUUGGAGUUCAAGUUUCUGGAAGGAAACUGAUUUGUAG